UCACAUGCCAAGCCACACCCUAUUGUCUGCAAUUGGAGCGGUCAUAUCAGUGCGAUGCCGACUUGGCUGGAGUCACACCGAUUUUCUAAAGUGGUGCAUGCACUACUUUUGGUGCGAUAUGCAUAGAUAUCUGUCAGAUGUCUUGCAAAUCGCACCUGAAAUGGGCAUGUCAUCUGACUUUGAAAUUGUGUGACUUCACUGUAACUCUCAUAAUUUCAAAGUCAGGUUCAGUGUGACUGGGGUGUAAAUCAUUGGAUGACAUGCCGAUCUCAGGUGCAAUUUGCAAGACAUCUGACACAGAUGUCUAUGCAAAUCUCACCAAAAGCAGUGCAUGCACUACUUUA